GGGGAGCCCGGCCUCGGGGGCGCAGGCCGCAGCCCUGGCGGGACCCGGCGCUUUCGACCGUCAGGGAGCAGUCCCGACUCUUUCGGCGGCGCCAGGACCUCCCAUUAGUGGUCGAGGCAGCUCCUUGGCUCCGAGAAGCAUCGGGGAGCCGUAGCCUUGGUGGGCCGUGCAGCUUCCCAUUACUUAGGCCGCGCCGGGAGCUUGGGAGACAGAGGACCCUCAGGAGGGAAAACUGGAUCCUGCCUGGGGUGGCGGUUUGCUGGGAACGAACUUGGGUCGUCUGGGCUCCAGGGUUUCCCCUCAGACACUUUGUUGAGCUUGCGGAAGCAGCCAUAAUGGUGCGCAUGAAUGUCCUGGCUGAUGCUCUCAAGAGUAUCAACAAUGCCGAAAAGAGAGGCAAACGCCAGGUUCUUAUUAGGCCGUGCUCCAAAGUCAUCGUCAGGUUUCUCACUGUGAUGAUGAAGCAUGGUUACAUUGGCGAAUUUGAAAUCAUCGAUGAUCACAGGGCUGGGAAAAUUGUUGUGAACCUCACAGGCAGGCUAAAUAAGUGUGGAGUGAUCAGCCCCAGGUUUGAUGUGCAACUCAAAGAUCUAGAAAAAUGGCAGAAUAACCUGCUCCCAUCCCGUCAGUUUGGUUUCAUUGUACUGACAACCUCAGCUGGCAUCAUGGACCAUGAAGAAGCAAGACGAAAACACACAGGAGGGAAAAUCCUUGGAUUCUUUUUCUAGGGAUGUAAUACAUAACGUGCAAAUAAAAUGCCUCAGAGGACUCUGG